AUGGAGAAACCUAAGGUUAUUGGACCUAACGGUCUUGCUCCAAUCACUCUCGACAAGCAAGCUGAUAUUCGUAUCACCACCAAGGUCAUCUACGACGUGAUCUCCAACUGCGAUAUGAUCAGUCUGGAGGAGAGCAUCCAUGCCCCUGUUGCUAUUCGCAAGCAGGCUCGCGCCGAUCGCCUUGCUGGAGUGCAGACAGUGUCAGCUCGCCUCAAGGCUCAUCGCUUCGCCCAGCUGGAGAUGGAUAUCCCCUCCAAGCUCUAUGAUGCCUCGAAGGAUAUUGAGAUGGCCGUGAAGCUCAACAGGGACAAGAAAGCCCUUGCGUCUCGUGUUCCUGACUCCCGUGCCCCCGUUGUCACUCUGAAGGAUGCCCCUUCUCGUGUCAGCACUUCGCGUGCCCCCGAUGCUCAGAAGACUUCUGUUAUUGAUCCUCGCGCUAAGCCAUUUGUUCCUGCAACCACCGCCAAGGCCCCUGGUCCCAAGGAUGAAGUCGCUCAUGCGCCUGUGAAGAGUACUCCUCGCAAGGCGACUACUGGACCUAAGAAGGUAAUUCCUGCCAAAGCUGAUACCGAGAGUAAGGAUGCAGACAAUGUCUCUAUUGGUAGUUCCAAGGCAUCCCAGAAGCUUGAGUCCACCGGAGACAAGGAGUCCACUGGCUCUCCCAAGCAGACCAGAGGCCUUACUGCCCCUGCUGAUUUCAUGAAGCAAUUCCGUUUGCUUCAAUUACAGAAGCAAAUGGCACCCAAGGUUGCGCCUGCUGGACCUCCUCGACGAAUAGUUUUCGGAAAUCUUCCCGAGUGGGCGAAUACCUCUAGCAUCCUACAGCUUGUCUACGGCGGUGCUAUCGAGCGCGCUUGGAGUGAGAACGGCAAGGUCAUUGUGCAGUUUGUUCAGAAAGACGAUUGUGUCAAAUACCAUGAGAACCACUCCGACGGCAUCAAGUUGAAAGAUGGUGACGACGACCUCAUCAUUUCCGUUACCAUGCCGGAGGAAGGUCUGCCGGACAAUGCCGAGCUUUGGAGUCGUGUUGAAGAGGGAGCGUCCCGUGUCGUUUCUCUCUCAGGUCUUGCAACUGGCUUCAGGACUAGCGACAACGAGAAUAUUUUGGGCAUUUCCGCUGACCCUAUCUGGGGCAGCAAGGGCUUUGACCAUAUUCUGAUCAAACAGGCUGAGGCUGGUGUUGAUGUUCAAGUCUUCUUCUAUGACCUCCACGACGGUUGGGACUUCUUGCAUAGCAUCAAGGAAGGAGCGUACGACUGCAUUGCCAGCUUCGAAGUUGACCCAUGCGCUCUUUCUGAGGGAUUCCACUUCAUGGAUGAGCCCAACUUGAUGUUCUCUGCAAUCCUCGCCGUGGAGUAG